AUGAACCCCUACAUUAGCUGGGCUAUCCUGCUCGUUGUGGCAGGUGGCCUUGGCUGGUACUACACCAAUGGCAACGCCGCGACCCCCAAGGCCAACGUGAUCCGAGCUGCUGUGGAGAAAGCUGAACCCGUGGUGGCACCCAAGAAAUCAAAGCGCAAGUCUAAGCCUGCUCCCGAGCCGGCCGCUGCCAAGAAGUCCGAGGUGAAGACCGUUGUCUCGCCCCCCACUACUGAAGAUGAGAAGCCAGAUGAGGAAAUCGACCGCAAGGAGAUGGCUCGCCGUAUGGCUGGCCUCAAGACCAACGCUCCUACCCAGGCCGCCCCAACCAAGAGCCAGAAGAAGAACAAGAAGAAGGCUGCCCAGCUCUCUGCCAGCGAUACCCGUGCCUCCUCGACCACUGGCGCUGAGGCUGACGAUGAUUUGUCCCCUGUCGCCUCUCCCUCGGUGAACGCCACUGUUCCCUCCGCUGGAUACGUUUCUGACAUGCUGGAGGCUCCCGCCCCAGCUGCAUCUGUGCUUCGCGUCACUGGCAAUGUUGAGAACCAGCCCAAGAAGCAGAAGGUUCAGGCUUUCAAGGAAGUUGAGACCAAGAAGCAGCGCCAGCAGCGUCUCAAGAAUGAGGCUCGCAAGCAACAGGUUCAGGAGGCCGAGGUUGAGCGCAAGAAGCUGCUUGAGAAGCAGCUGCACACCGCCCGUGAGGCUGAGCGUCGCGAGGCUGCUCGGUCCACCGCUCCCGCUGCCAACGCCUGGCAGACCAAGGAGGCCCCUGCUGCGAAGACUACCGUGGUCAAUGGUGGAUCCCGUUCCGCUGCUACCCCUGCCACCGCCCCUACGGACCUCCUGGAUACCUUCGAGUCUGCUGCCCCUGCUCCUACUAAGUGGGCCCAAAACCUUCCCUCAGAGGAGGAGCAGAUGCGCCUCCUGGGAGCUGCCAAUGGUGAUGAUGAAUGGACCACUGUCUCCAAGAAGCAGCCCAAGAAGAAGGGUGGCAAGGCUGACGAGAGUGUCAGCGAGACCAGUGCUUCCGACAACCAGUCCGCUGUGGCUCCCGUUCCAGUUGAGCCACGCGUGACAGUGACCCCUACCUACCUUCCCGACAUCCUGCGGUCGCGCGAGAAGGGUCACCCAUUGGACUCUGACUGGGCUGCUUAA